AUGGGGAUCGGGUUGGAGAUAGCUCAGGCUCUGGAGACCCGCGCGCUCUCCUAUGCGGCUGCACGUCCCAGCAGCUCCCGCGAGAAGCGUCAGGCCCUGAUUGGCUCUGGACAAACUCGCGUGUGCUUGCGGGGCGGGACUUCACGGAGUUGUCACUUCCCCGUGAGGCACUCCGUGUUUGUGUACACGGUUAUUCCACGUGUCUGCACCUGCAAAGAAAUCCAAGCCCUCUUUCACUCCCGGAAGAACCCAGCCGUCUCCAGCAGCUCCUCCUCGGUGCCGCACUUCAUCCUGAGGCCUGAGGACCAUGGCAACACCCUUGGAUGUCACUUGAACUUCUCCCUAGCCAACGUGACCAGAAGUAGCUUGGUCAAGCUCCAAGUGGUCUCACCUCCCGGGUUGUUCAAUUCCUCUUGUUCUUUGGAGAAGACAGUUCUGUGCAGCUGUUCCUUCCAUGGGAUCCCCACGCCCUCCGUGCAGUGGUGGAUGGGAGGUGUCCCUGUGGAUGUGAACAGCAUGGAUAACAUCCUCCGGGUGACUUCUUCCACACGUGUCCCCUGGGCCAAUAGCACCAUCAGCCUCAUCGGGGAGCCAGAAAUAGUCAUGAGACUUCGCUGUGAGGGGAAGAACCAAUAUGGAAUUCACACUUCCAGCUUCUUCCUGAUACCAAAUAAGAAAUCAGUUUCCAGUAUGUUCGUGAAAGGAUUAAUUCAGGGCAUUGUGUAUGGAGCCAUUGCAUUCUCAUUGCUCUUCUUCUGCCUCGUCCUCUUGUUGUGA